GAAUUAACCCAAGAAUGUGAAGAGAAGAAAUCUCAGUACGACAGUUGCGCUGCUGGUUUGGAGAGCAAGCGUUCCUCCCUGGAGCAGGGAUCAGUAUUCCAAGAUGAUCGCCGAACAAGAAAACCUCGGCAAGAAACUGCGAGAGAAGCAGAAAUCUGUCCGGGAGAGCCACGGCCCCAACUUGAAGCAAGUCAAAAUGUGGCGAGACCUCCAGCUUCUGAUGGAGUGCAAAAGGGAAUGUUUCCUCAAGCAACAGAACCCGGCUUCGGUGGGCCAGGUCAUCCAGGAAGACGGAGAAGACCGUCUGGUCUUGUGAAAGCAUACGUGCCCGACAUCUGGGUCACCCCGGCAGACCCAUUCUUGCCCCAGUGAAUGUUGGCCGAGGUUUAGGAGGAUGGUUUUGAAGCAAAUGAGAUGGAGUUCAGCUAAAAAAGUCCUUGUCUCAACUAGAACAGGGCUGGGGUGGGUGGGCUUCCUUUGUUCCUUUGGGGGGGGGGGUUUACAUCUUUUAUUCUGCUGAUGGACAGACCGGCCUUCCCUCGGCCGGAAACCAGUCGAGGGGUUAAAGCAUUGAGACGUUUUCACAGGUGCAAUUCCGUUCAAACGUAAGAGUCACGCCAGAGAAGCAGGGAGACAGAAAUCAGGACAGCGUUGACAUCUGGGGUUUGUAGAUGCCGUGACACCAAGCCAGGAUCGAGUCCCCACAGGUCCUCCCCAACUCAGGAGCAUCGUUUUCACCUCUGGCUCAAUUCCUAAAUUCCCUUUUCACAAUUCCAGCGACCAAGUUGAAGAAGGACUUUGGCAUAUAUAUAUAUAUUUUUGGAAGCGGGAGAAAAAUGCACAAACUAGAAGGACGUAGCAGACCCAGCUUCCUGUAGCCCACCGAUGUGUAAACCCUGAGGAGGUCCUUGGUUCUCCUUGUAGUUGUCCCCUCCCCCCGUGGUCCCACCUGUUAAAAGUCCAAAACGCAGGAGACACAAUUUCCUUAAUUCCCCUGGACUCCAAAGCAAAGCCAUCGAAUCUGAAAUUCCUCUGCCUUCUCUCAUCCGCUUGGCUUUUAUUGAGUCCGCUUCCGAAUGUGUGUUUUUGUGUUGAAUUUUUUCUUUUUUUGGAAAGAUUCCCUUCUCGCGGUUAUUACGUCGUCGCUGGCUUCCUGGUGGCCUUCGGCCUGCGUGGCUCGUCUCUCUCUCUCUCUCUC